CUCCGCUCCCCGGCCACUCGGCGACCCGCCCGGCCGACCCGCCCCUCUCGAGCAUCACCCAGGUCAUGAUGAAAGUCAUCCUCAAGAGACCACUCAAGAUGAGCCUGCUGGAUAUCACCAAGAUUUUUUCGAUGCUCCAGCCUAAGGAAGAUCAAGAAGGGGAUGGAGAAAGACAGGAGCUGAAUCUGGCCGUGUCCCAAGAUAACUACCAGCUUCUGGACCAGCUGCUGUGCCAAGCGGGAUACAAGAGAUUUAUCAACAGUCGGAGCGGGUGGGGAGUGCCUGGGACACCGCUACGUCUGGCAGCCUGCAAGGGCCACGUGAGAUGUCUCAAGGUUCUCCUGGCCCACGGGGCUGAAGUGGAUAGCCUGGACGUGAAGGCCCAGACUCCACUGUUCACAGCGGUCAGCAGCGGCCACCUUGACUGUGUGAGGGCCCUCUUGGAGGCAGGAGCUAACCCCUGUGGGAGCAUCCACAACAACUGCACCCCUCUGCUGACGGCUGCGAGAGACGGAGAUGCUGACAUCCUUCAGGAACUCUUGAAGCACGGGGCGGACAUCAAUGUCAAAGCCAGAGUCCCAGAUUGGGCGGCCAACUCGGCUUCCUGCUCCGGCCCAUUGUACCUGUCGGCAGUCUACAGACACUUGGAGUGCUUCAAAAUACUUCUGCUCUACGGGGCCAACCCAGACUACAACUGCACCGACUGGAAAAUGCUUGCUCGAAUCAAGAAGCCAGCCACGCUGCUGGAAACCUGCUUGAGGCAUGGCUGCGGGGCUGAAUUUGUCAAACUCCUGAUAGAUUUUGGAGCCAACGUGUACUUACCAGAUGUCACACUUGAUAAGAUCUCUACAAAUUCUGAAGUGGUCGAUCUUCUGGCCAGGGAAAGAGCUCACCCCAAGCCCUUGAUGUCUCAGUGCAGGCUGGCUAUCAGGAAGUUCCUCAAACUGGCCCACCGGCCACAUGUCAUCGAUCAGCUGGACAUCCCGCCUGUAUUGCUGAACUACCUCAAACACCAAUCCUAGCCGAAGGUGGCCUCUGGAAGUCCCACGGUUACAAGCUGAUGUAACUGGAUGAGAAAAAGAGAAAAAGACUUCUACGAAUAGCAGUCUGUGUGGUUUGGUAGUUUUGUGUAGAACAGCUUUAGAGAGUAUGUGUUGCUUAUCUAAGAAGCCCAAUCCAGAAAAUCUGAUUCUUUUUAAUGGAGAAGGGGACCCAGAGAUGGCCAGACAGUCCCAGUAAUCUCCAGUUUGGAGUGAAUGUUUCAAAAAUAUUAUUAGAAUUUCUGUGAUGCACCAAUAUGUUUUAAGUGUUCAAAGUAGGAGUGUGAUGUAGCGGUUGGAGUGUUAGACUAGAACUGU